UUUUGGCGAGCAAGUACAAAAGGUCGACACAAUAAGUUUAUAAACGUGUACUUGGCAAAAUCUCUAGGACAUUGUAACGGCGAUCAAGUGUGAAAAAAAGAUAUUUAAUACACAACAACACCAUGUCCUAGCGGAUAUGGAAUGAAAACAUUGCUGUCGGGCCACGAGAGAGAUUCAUUUAACUGCGUGGGGUUCAUACACCACAGUCGGACCCACUGCUUUAAGGAAAACUAGUCUAAGGGAGUCCUUCCAAUCAAUCGAACGGAUUUUUUUUAUAACACCGGAGAUAUAUUUCAUGCGCUCGUUAUCAGCAACACACGAUCUCGCGUGCGCCGAACGUGCUAUCAAGUUACAGUGCAUCAUCGGCAAGUGUUGCUGAACAGUCGUGCUGUAUGGAAGUGCAGCGAUAAGGAUACGUAUUGUGUUCAGUUUGAGUUUUUAACUAUGGCCAAAACGUAAUGUAACAGGAAGGUGGACAUACUGAUGGGAUUUCUGCUAUGCCGCCAAAUUUCUUUAUUCUUGCCUUAUUAUUGAUUCUCUCAUGUUCCGUGUCUGUGUUUGGACAGGACGAUUUGACAGUUCCAAUACGAUGCUACAUGUGCAUAUCAAGACUAGAUAAAAACGACACGUGCAACGAUCCCAUUGACGGCAAAACUAAGAACAACCUCCCAGACGAGGAAUGUCUAAGCGGGGUCUGUGUCAAAUGGACAAGAUACAUCAACAGUAAAUUAUAUCUGGAAAGAACCUGCUCAGCAAAGAUGGACAUGAACAUUAUGCUGAUAGACGGUGUGUGUCGUACAGAGAGCUUCGGGAACGGAUACCUCUGCAUGUGCGGACGGAACCUCUGUAACUCUGGCAUUUCUCAACUCAAAUUCACUCAGGCGCAUGUGGUUUCUCUUACUCUUUGUCUGCUGUUCACAUUUUUCUGGUUACCAUAGAAACAAUGACGCCACUUGCGUGUUUGUACAAUUGAUUGUUUAUGUGGUGUAUAUUUGGCAUGGAGGUAUGCAAGAAAAUGAAGAGUCCCUUGAUACAAGUUAAGGCCGCUACUAGGGCGACCCUGUCUUGUGUUCCUAUUUUCCGAUUAAUGAUUCAUGUCUGGGAAAUUAAUAUACGCUAUUAUUUUGCUAUGUAUAUGUUCAAUCAACGAAAAAUGCCAAAACAUUUGGAAAUGAAUCAGUAUUUAGUUACUAAGCCUCUUUCCAGUUCAACAUGACAAUCAAAUGAAAUGCUACAGAUUGCACUUCAACAAAGCUCUACAGAAGAGGUCUUCAAAAAAAAAAAACAAAA